AUGCGCCUUUUCAAUUCCCUAAUAUUAUGGGGACUUUAUUCCCUGCUAAUCCCUCAAAUCGCCUCUAUUCCAGUCUCCCAAUUCCGCGAGAUAGCCCAGAUUGACAAUGAAACCACGCUUGCCCCACGAACCCUUCGUCACGAUGCCUCGCUACCUAGCGUGAGUCAUGGCAAGAGCCCCCCUAAGGCCUGUUCUUUCAAUGGGAGAAAGGAGGAGACCAACGGGAUUACAAAAUAUGUCAUGGAGGAUGACUAUGGGCCAGUCGCAACACUGAAACUUGACCACCACAUGGGCGAUGGUAGCCAAGGCGACGUUUGGAGCGGUACAAUUACCUACGACAUGCCAGGCAAGGUAGACAAUAAUAUGAUCGGAAAACCACUGCCCGUAGCGAUCAAGGUAUCAAUGGGAGGUGGGGGAGUGGAUCAGUCUGUCCUUCAAGACCAAGUCCAGAGUCCCUGGGUGAUGCAGCUUCGGGAAUAUUUCUGGUCCAGCAACUCUAAAGAAUCCGUUCAAGUCAUGGACAGAGGCACCACAGAUUUGUGGAAGCUGAUGAACCAGCGUGUAUGGCACUUCAAUGUCGAGAUAACCGUCUAUGGGAUCGGGCGGGCACUAUUGUCUGCUCAUCGCGUGAACAUUGCUUAUCGGGAUAUCAAGCCCGAGAAUGUUCUCUUUAACGACAAAGGAAAAUUCUGGUUGAUCGAUUGGGAUCUUGCUGUUUUUGCACCUGAGCGCAUUCUCACCAAAGGUGCUGGGACAGUAUUGUAUAUCGGUCCAGAGAUGUAUAACAGAAUGCCAUACGAUGCUUUUAAGAAUGAUGUUUUUGGGUUAACAAAGUUGUGGUUGGAAAUGUCUCAAUGGAAGAAGAUGAAAAAACCCGAGUUUAACGACAAAAUCCUUGAUGAGCUACGGAAGCGUCGACAAAGAAGGGGUGGAACCCCUGGCCUUACCUACGAGGAAACCAAUGGCUUUCUGAAGAGCAAUUUCAAGGACUUGAAUCCCGAGGAGAUAUCCCUGAUGGCACAUGGGCUUUGUUUGCAGGAUGAACGCUGGAAUCUGCAACCGUGGAUGGUUGAGUUCCGUAGGUUGUAUAACAUCCAACUGUGA